UUUUCUUUUCCUAAAAUAUUGACCAACACAGCAGGUAAUUUUCGAUUUCAAGAAAAGACCGAACGAACAAACCUCACUACCAUCUUAACGAACAUCGAAUAUCAGGCGCUGGAGAGACCGGAAUCAGAAAAAAUGUCAGACAGCGACUCCGAUGUCGCCAGCUCAGCAGGAAGCAUCGUCGAGGACAUGAGCGAACCGGAUACCACAACCUUCAAGUGCUUAUUUUGCGACCAGCAGUGCAAUAGGAUUGCGGAACUUACUGCGCACUGUCGUGCCGAGCACGGUUUCGAUGUUGAGAGUACCAUCAAAAACCUAGGACCAGAAGCAGAUGAAUUGACCGUGAUCAAGCUCAUCAACUACCUCAGGGCUGAAGCUCAGAAGAAUGCGGACCCUAAGAGUAUCAAGGUGGACGCGGACACGAUAGCUAGCGACAAAUACCUGCAACCAACAUUGGAAGAUGAUGCACUGCUCUUUGAGCUAGGGGACCUCAUGCCUGACACGGACAACAAGGCUGUGGAUUAUGACGAGUUCGAGGCUGUAUUGCACAAGAACAUCGGGCAAGACGUCGAGAAGAUUGAUCUCAGCCACGACCGCGAUACGGACUAUUUUGAAUCCUACAAGGGCAAUGGCAUUCACCGCGAAAUGAUCGAGGACCGCGUGCGGACAGAGGGCUACCGGGACUUUAUCGAAAAAAACGCCGAGCUUUUCUCCGGCAAGGUGGUGUUGGACGUUGGUUGUGGGACGGGAAUUCUUUCUCUGUUUUGUGCACGCGCCGGAGCCAAGAAAGUCUUUGCUGUCGAUAACUCCGAUAUUGCCAACCGUGCGAGACAAAAUAUCAAGAAGAAUGGGUACGAAAGCAAGAUUGAAGUGAUCCAAGGCAAAAUUGAGGACUUCAACACACAGCAGCUCAUCGGGAAAGAGAAGGUAGAUAUCAUCAUUUCGGAAUGGAUGGGUUAUGGGCUCCUCUUCGAAGGCAUGCUAGACUCUGUACUCCGCGCACGAGAUUUGUACUUGAAGGAAGACGGACUCAUGGUACCUUCGCAUUGUACUAUGGUCGCAGCGCCCAUCUCGGAUAAGGACUGGAUAGCGGAGAGCACAGGCGAGAAGUUCUGGAAAGAUGUUUACGGUUUCGACUUCUCAACCAUGAUCAAGGGAGGCAAUCUCAACGAUCGUGAUAUCGGAGUUUUUGACGUUCCAGAGAAGUCACUGGGUGGAUCACCUGCUGGGUUUUACCAGUUGGACCUACGGAAGAUCAUGGUAAAAGAGCUGGACUUCACUGUGUCGACAUCAGUGACUCUGGGAUCCGACGUGAACUCAAUAGACGGAUUUGCUAUAUGGUUUGACACGUUCUUCUUGCCUCCCGGCAAACCCCAGGAUGCGCUGAAAAUUGAUGUGGGCGCAUGGGGCAAGAACGGUGAGCCUGGGGUGGGCUUCUCAACCAGUCCAAGUUCGACAGCGACCCACUGGCAUCAAGCAGUGUUGCUCCUCGACGAGGAAGAUCGCAGAAAAGAAGUCAAAAGUGGAAGUAAUUUGAAGUUCUCAAUAACCUAUAGAAAGGUGAAGAGAGAUGAUAGGGGUAUCGAUGUGACGAUUGCAUGGGAAGGAGAGGGCGAUGUAUCAGGAAAUGUCAAGCGGACGAUGGCAUAG